GGGGCCGUUUGGUAUUCGGUGGCCUCCUUGAAAGAAGCCUCCAUCUGGCUAUGUCUCUGUGGACUCGGGUCCAGGACCUGUCGAUGACACCGUCUUGUACGGGAUCAGCAGUCUGACAUUGAUGCGAAUGAUGCUCGUGGGUCGUGAGUCACACUUCUCCCCGUGGUCCAUCCUUCUUUUCUCCGUCCAACUGCUCUUUUCGCAAUGCCUCCAUCUGAGCUUCAAGAAGAUUGGUCCCCAUCAUCGUGGAAGUCAAAGUCCAUUGCGCAGGAUGUCGAAUAUCCCGACACGAACCAUCUCUCAAGAGUACUUGCAAAAAUCGGGACCCUUCCUCCACUCGUGUCACCCUCCGAGGUUAAUCGAGCGUCUGAGGCAUCAACUUUCUUUAGUCCAAGAAAACAAAUCGUUUCUUCUGCAUGCAGGAGACUGUGCUGAGAGCUUUGACGCGUGCACACACGAAAACAUCGCCGCGAAGAUCGGACUGAUCCUCUCGUUCUCGCUGAUCCUGGUUUGGGGCGCGCGUCUUCCCGUCGUCCGCAUAGGCCGUAUCGCCGGACAGUACGCGAAGCCCCGCAGUAGCAAAACGGAAAAGAUUGGGGAUCGCGAGGUUUUGAGUUUCCGCGGAGAUAACGUGAAUGGCUUGGACCCCAAUGACCGCACACCUGAUCCAGAGAGGCUACUCAGUGCAUACUUCCACUCGAGUGCGACUAUCAACCACGUCCGCUCCUUACUCACUUCUGGUUUCGCAUCCCUCCAUCAACCUCGGCACUGGUCUUUGAACCACGUCCGAUCGCCGUCGCUGAAAGAGGAAUUCGAAUCGAUCGUCGAGGGACUUUCUGAUGGACUUGACUUCAGCCGUGUGAUCGGGGUGGACUCUGGACCUCCCUUCGAACUAGGUGGUGCGCGAAGCACGGUCGGCGAGGUUGACUUUUACACCAGUCACGAGGGCUUGAUGCUCGAGUACGAGCAGGCCCUGACGCGGGAAUUUUCUCUCCCUGCCGGUGUUUACAGCGCAAAUAAGGCGCCCAGGAAGGCCUAUUACAACACUUCCGCGCAUUUCCUGUGGAUCGGUGAUCGAACGAGACAACUUACGGGAGCGCAUGUUGAGUAUUUUCGCGGGAUCAGGAACCCCAUCGGUAUCAAAGUCGGGCCGUCGAUGGGUGGAGAGGAGCUAGUGCAGCUACUAGACAUUGUCAAUCCGGACAAGGAAUCCGGUCGUGUCACUUUAAUCACCCGCUACGGCGCCAGCAAGAUUGAAAACUAUCUCGGGAACCACAUCACUGCCGUGCAGGCAUCGGGGCAUCCCGUAAUUUGGAUAUGCGAUCCUAUGCAUGGAAACACUCUCACAUCAAGCACUGGCCUCAAAACGAGGAAUUUCGGAACUAUUAUCGCAGAACUGACUUCUGCUCUGCGGAUUCACGCCGAGUCCGGUUCUCGUCUCGGUGGCGUGAGCCUCGAAUUCACCGGCGAACUCAACGAUGAGGGCUUCAGUGUCACUGAAUGUGUCGGUGGUAGUAUGGAGCUGAGUGAGGAUGAGCUGGGCUUACGCUACCAGUCGUUCUGUGAUCCGCGCCUCAACUUUGAACAAAGUCUCGAUGUCGCGUUCCUUAUCUCCAACUAUUUCAAAAAAGAGCGGCGGGGGCGGACAGGAAAACGCUCUGAUGGGAACGUUUUGUUUGAUGAAUUGAGCCGGGCUACAAGUUUAGCUCGCUGACACAUGAGCGGGAUUCAUUUCCUCAGCGCUGGAUUCGGCGGUAAGGGUACCUCGUCGUAUACAUAUGAGACGAAUGCACAGAAUCCUUGCGGCGUGGUGGGUCUAACCGGCGAAAUCGGCUGCUCUCGAUCGAUGCUCCAAAUCUGUGCAAGAUGCAACUUUGCGUGAAGGUGAUAGCACUGCGGUUAUAUGUCAUUUAGCCAUUCCAGGGUGUCUCGAACGCCCCGACCUCAACGCUUGGUGUAUUAAUACUCCAAGAUCUGUUAGACAUCGAAAAAACCUCCGAGCCAGUGUGUCGGAGAGGACAUCCGUGGAUAUAUCAACGUCAAUCUUGGUGGUGAGUGUUCGUGCCCCUCGUAUGUAUCAUUCCGGCGCAGAGAGAGGGGAGAUGGCUCAAGAUGAGCCCGGCUGGUCCUGAAUAAAUGAAUUCGAUUAAGCAGUAGUCAUCUCUGUUGACGACGCAAUGCGCGAAGUCGGCCAGCAUACGCAAAUGGAGCAGGUCGUGGCGCAUUGAAAGUGCCUUGGCGUUAACACCGAGCAAUUGUCUCUAUUUCGCGGCGGUGGCUGUCAAGUACAAACGAGUGGAUGGAAC